AUGACUUCUACAAAGCUGUACAUUGGUUGCAAGAUAUGGUUAAUUUCAAAAGCCCAAAAUCGUUAUGAGGGGAAUUUGUAUACAAUUGAUAAAAUGAACUCCACAGUAGUGCUUGCUAAAGUCAAGUGUUUUGGAACGGAGGGUCGACCCACUGACAGACCAACACCAGCCAGGGACGAUGUCUAUGAUUACAUCACUUUCCGAGGAAGUGAUAUUAAGGAUAUCUGCCUGUGUGAACCUCAGAGAUCUCACCACGGCCUUCCCCCAGAUCCUGCAAUUGUACAGUCAUCCAGUGGAAGCUCGUCAGGCAUCUACUCGGCUCCUGGACAGCUUAGCCCCUUAACUAUGCCCGCUUACAACCAACUCGCUGCCGGCUCGCUGCUUAAUUCACAGUACGCUGCAGCUCUUGGCUUUGGGCCUGUGCUUCCAGGCUUGCAUGUUCUAAGGGGCCCCAUGGUGGAAAAGGCUGUUCAAACCCUCCAUGUGGACAGAUCGAGGCAGAGGAGAGGUGUGACUGCGUUCCGGACGCAGGAGCAGCAGUGGGACAGGGGGAGGCCCCAAAGGACCAGCGGAGGGAGUUCUCAGAUCAGAAGAGGCACUGGAGCCACCAUCAAGUUGGGCCCAGGUGUGACCACUUCUCAGCGGCAACCUUGGCAGCAGAAUUGUGAAAACAGGCCAGCACCCAGAAGAAAACAAGGAGCUCGGAGAUGCUGGAAUCGUAGCAGAGGGCAGCUGAUGGUGGAUAACGGUCCAUCACCCAUCCUCAAGUUUGACACCGACUUUGAUUUUGAUUCCUCAAAUGCACAGUUUAAUAAGGAGGAGCUCGAGAGGGAGGUGCAGGACAGGGUGAAAGAUGGAAAUUAUGAGGUAGAAGAGAAAGAAAAUGAGGGAUUGCACUCUGCUGCAGAGGACGAUCAUUUUGGACCAAAAUGCUACUACGACAAAGCAAAGUCUUUCUUUGACAACAUCUCAUCUGACAGCAGUUUCAGACUAUCAUGGGCAGAGGAGCGGAAGCGCAAUCUGGAGACUUUUGGGGUCCCUGGAAGGUUCCUGAGGGGCCAAGGUUUCAGAGGAGGAUACACUGGACGGAGAGGCCAAGGUGCAGCUCAGACUCUUGCUCCUCACAGAAACCGGGGUGGACAGCUGUAAAGGUUGACGUUUGAUAUCAAGGCACUAGUAAUAAUUUCAACCUCCAAUGGUUGCUUCCCUGUUCUUAUGGGACUGUUAUCUAUCACACUGAUCAGCAGAAGUGGCUCUGCUGGUCCUGUAUGAAAUUAUAUUUUGUUUUUGUUUUUUCCUCCCAAGGGCACUUAUCUUGCCCCCAUUUUGUCAGGACUUUUUUAACCUCAUUUUGAAUAAGGUUAAUAGAUAGUGACAGGAAGAGUUUUGCUUUUUAUUUUAUUUUUUUCCUCCAAAUGUGAAAAUACUAUUUAAGUUUCCACUUAAAGUUAUUGUUUUGUUUUUGCUACAUCACUCUAACAUGUAUUUUUCACGUAAACAAACUCUGGCUUUGCCACUUGAAAAUGUUCAUCUUAUUAUUUGUUCAUUUAUUUCGCAAGUUAUUGCAUACUCUAAAUGUUAAAAA